AUGCUGUUCACAUUCGUCAUGUGCGUCCUCUACGUGGCGGCGAUUGUUUUCACAAUGCGCAAAAUGAAUACUCUCAGUAUGAUUACUGCGGGAUGUGAGGUAAAUUUUGAGAUUUUUUAAUUUUUCAAAAAUAAAAAAAUACCAAAAAUUUGCAUAUUUAACAAGGAAAGUACUUUUAUGGGGGCUCCUACUUUUUGACGGGACAUAUCUCAAAAAAUCAGAAAAAAUGUGCUGAUCAAGGAUAUAUAAAUCUUAGCUGCCCAUUUUAGGUUUUUAGGGGUGAAAACUCAGUCGGAAGUUGACUUAAAGUCCUAUAUGAACCCCUUUUCGCUUAAUUUUUUCAAAGGUUUACAAUUUUUAUUUUGGCUUAAAAUAGUGUUUAUUGAGUUUCUAAGACGUAAUAAGACAGUCUUGGCCCAAAAAUUUAUUUUUCCGACCUUCAACUUCAAAAAAGUUGAUUCAGCCCAAAAGGGAAAUCGAACCUGUGCGGCAUCCCCCCUCUUGAUUCCCAGACUACGGCACUAACCACUCGGCCACACCGCUCUCUUCCGAAGGAGGAGAUCGAGUGCUCUUUUUAUCGUUUCGAAUGUCUGCCUUUUGUAGGGAAAUUAAACCAGUUUUUGGGCAUUUUCACCCUUAAAAACCUAAAAUGGGCAGCUAAGAUUUAUAUAUCCUUGAUCAGCGCAUUUUUUCUGAUUUUUUGAGAUAUGUCCCGUCAAAAAGUAGGAGCCCCCAUAAAAGUACUUUCCUUGUAAAAAAAAUUAUUAAAAUUUUUCAGACCCUAAAAAAAUUUUUUGAUGCUAAAUUUUGAAAUUUUUUUAUAUUCAAAAAAAUUUUUUUUACCGAAAAUUUGCAUAUUUAAAAAAGUUUUUUUUUCCAAAAAUUUGCAUAGUUCAAAAAUUUUUUCAGGCACUAAUGUUAUUCCUACAAAUAGUAGCUUUCAUCCUGGUCAUUGUAAUAGUUGCGGGCAAACCAGUGGAGGGCAUCGAUAUUGUCUAUCAAAUUUUCCCUCCGGGCGAGAACUACAUCCCCAGUAAGUCUGAUCGCUACCUGUAUCGUCCUGAUGCUUGUAAGUGUUUGCUUCAUUAAAGGCCUUAAAAAUAAGACAAAAAAUUGCUUUUGCUUCACUUUACUUCGCUUUUUUUGAACUAAGCCUGUCGGGAAAAUAAUGUGGAUUUGUCGCUGAAAAAUUCCAAGGCGCGACAAAUCCACAUUAUUUUCCCGACAGACGGAACUCACAUUAUUUUUCCGACAGACAGAAUCCACAUUAUUUUCCCGACAGACGGAACUCACAUUAUUUUCCCGACAGACAAAAUCCACAUUAUUUUCCCGACAGACGGAUAUUCCUUGGCCUUUGGCGCUUUCGCACUCUUUAUCUGUCUGGCAAACUUUAUCGCGUUGGCCGCUGCUAGAGAAAUGUUUUGCAAAGUUCUUAGAUCUUUAUGUAUAAUAUUAUCAUAUUUUUCUUUGCAAUUUUUCAAGUUUUUUACAGCCUACAACACCUUGGCGUGGGCGUUGUUCAUCUGCAUGCUACUGCUGAUUGUCAUCAACAUUUUUGGAUUGCUGGCCACCAUUUACAAUCUGGCUUAUCGUCGGUACUACGAGGAAGAUCAGAUAGUGAUAAGGGGUUGA